AUGGCCGAGAGCAACCUGUCCGGCUUCCCGCAGCAACUGUCUGUGCAAUCAUGGAUAUUGUACGGCAUCGGCAUGGUCAUGAUCUUACUCCGCACAUACGCGCGAUGGCAUCGAGUCGGAAGCCUAAACGCCUUUGCAGCAGAUGAUUGGAUCAUGGUAACAGCCGUACCAACCUUCUACACUGGGCUGAUUGUAUGCUUGAACACAAUCGCAACGGGAGGUGGAAGUAACCUCUUUCCACCAGAGCUGUUCUCUACGUUCACUCAAGGAGAGAUCGAUGAGCGAAUCAAAGGAUCGAAGAUCGUCGUCGUUUCCGAGCAAUGUAUGCUCAACGUUAUAUGGUCCUUGAAAGCCUGUAUGCUGUUCAUGUUUGCUCGUAUGCUGACCGGAACAACGAACAUGAAGUGGAUCAAAGUGGCUGCACUAUGGGUCGUUAUCGGCUGGUUCGCUGUCCAGAUUACUUUCUUCAGUGCAUGUCGCCCAUUCGUAGGAUACUGGGCAGUGCCGCCUCCAAAUCCGCAAUGCACGACUCUUGAGCACUUUGCGAUAGUACAGGCAACUUUCAACAUAAGCAGCGAUGUCCUCAUCAUCGCUGUGCCGAUACCGAUGAUCAUGUCGCUUUCACUUCCUCUGAAACAGAAAGUCGUGCUGGGCAUACUAUUCAGCAUGGGUAUCUUCGUUAUGCCUGGCCAGAGCUCGUAUGGAUACGGUAAUCUGUCUAGAAGCAAGCGCCAGAGCCGUGCCCGCACCUUUACAAACCUCAGCUCACACGACGUCGAGCUCGCUUACGAUAUCAAAUCUGGCAUUACAUCGAUACAUGCACCUGGGCAGAGAGUACUAGGAAGCGAGAACCCCUUCGUGGAAAGAGAGGAUAUCCAAAGGAGCGACGACAGGAAAGAUCUGGAAGCGGGGAGUAGUCGGAAGGGAAUGAAUGGCGUAGCCUAUAUGGGCGUACACAUUGAUACCGAAGUAGAGAUUCAGAGCGACCAAUGGAUGGGGAGUAGGUUGGAGUUGGCGCAGUCGAGAGUAGUUCGGUGUGAAGGUCCGGAGGCGCAGGCAGGAAGAUGA